UUAGUUCAAUUUUCUGAGAAUACGUAUACGAUUCCGCUUUGGGCUAACAAUUGAGGUGGAAUUGAUUGAGCAUCGGUGAGUGUGGGCAGGCGAAGAAACCAAUCGAAAGCCUCAGCUCAAUGCUUUGUUCGGAGGCAAUUUAGGUCCCGUCGUAUCGAUAAUUCGGUUAGUUAAACUCAGUUUUUUUGUGUGUAUAUUUUUCUGCAAAAAUUUUGAAUUGACAAGAUCUGAGCCCUGUCUGCGUUUCUAUUGUCUUUAGUUAAAUUUUAUUUCAUUUAGGGUUUCUACGGGAGCUUAGUUGGAUUUGAAAUUUGUAUAUGCUUUUGGUUGUGCUUCAAUUAUACUGAUUUUCGACUGCUUAUUAUCUGUGUCUCUCAUAUUAUCUGUUUUUUUUCAAGUUUGAUUUCUUAGGGUUUCUACAGGAUCUUAGGAUUUUGGUUGUUCUAAAGGAAAAUCUGCUUCAACUAUACUGAUUUUUGACUGCUCUCUCUCCCUGUUUAUUUAUCUGUGUGUCUCAUAUUCUCUGUUUUUUAAUUUUUAAUUUUUGGGUUUCAAAUUUGCAAACAUAACAAUGAGUACCUUGAGGUCACAGUCUAGGUGGUGCCCUCUUGAACAACAGCUUCUUCAGAAAAGGAAUUCCCGAGAAAAUUGGGACCGGUUCAUACCAAACCGGUCCGCCAUGGACUUUGAUUAUGCAUUUUACAUGCUUACUCAUCAAGGUAGUAGUACUAGGAAAGGUAAGGCAAACCCACCUAGAUAUGGAGAAGGCUAUCGGAAGCUGUUGGCUGAGGCCAUGAACAUGAACCGCAGUAGAAUUCUUGCUUUCAAGAAUAAGACUCCUCCCCGUGUAGAGCUCUUCCCAAGCAACUUCUCUUCGGAUAAACAUACAGAAUCAAACCCCCCUAAGGCACAAAGAAGAUAUAUUUCUCAAAGUGCAGACAGAACACUUGAUGCUCCCUACCUUAUGGAUGAUUACUACCUUAAUUUGUUGGAUUGGGGAAGCUCCAAUGUUCUUGCAAUAGCUCUUGCAAACACAGUUUAUUUGUGGGAUGCUACUGAUGAUUCUACUUGGGAACUGGCCACAUUUGAGGAUGAAAGGGGACCUGUUACCAGCGUCAAUUGGGCUAUUGAUGGACGCCAGAUUGCCAUUGGACUGAACAAUUCCGAAGUAGAGCUAUGGGAUACAACGGCCAGUUCUCAUGUGAUAACCUUGAGAGGUUGCCACCGAUCGCGAGUAGGCUCACUGGCAUGGAACAAUCACAUUCUUACAACUGGAGGAAUGGAUGGCCGCAUCGUUAACAAUGAUGUAAGAAUUGGAUCACACAUUGUUGUUGAGACAUACAGAGGACAUGAGCAAGAGGUUUGUGGGCUUAAAUGGUCGGCUUCAGGCCAGCAAUUAGCAAGUGGAGGAAAUGAUAACCUACUCCAUAUAUGGGACAACAGAUCAUAUUCACGAACACAGUGGCUUCACAGGCUCCAAGAUCAUACAGCUGCUGUAAAAGCCCUUGCUUGGUGUCCUUUCCAGAGAAAUUUGCUAGCUUCUGGUGGAGGCGGGAAUGAUGAUCGGUGCAUAAAGUUCUGGAACACUCACACAGGUGCAUGCCUGAACUCUGUUGACACUGGCUCUCAGGUUUGUGCUUUGCUGUGGAAUAUGAAUGAACGAGAGCUGCUUAGCGCACAUGGGUUUACUCAGAAUCAGCUUACUCUUUGGAAAUACCCAUCAAUGUUUAGAAUUGCAGAACUCACUGGUCAUACUUCUACAGUCCUUUCUAUGGCUCAGAGCCCAAAUGGUUGCACAGUAGCAUCAGCAGCUCAUGAAACACUGAAGUUAUGGAAUGUUUUUGGGGACCCUAAGGAGGUUAAACCAGCUCCCAAAGCUGAUCCUGAGCCUUUUGCCCAUUUGAAUCGUAUCCGCUGAUCAAACUUUGCCAGUUCCAUGGAAAUUAAGCCACCCGGAAUAUAUUGCAGACAAGGUUCAUAAAAA